GCUGACAUCAGCCUUCGCUCGACGCGGUUUGGCGGGCUAUUCCGCCACCCACACGCUCUCGCUUUCUCUGACUGACACACACAUUCCAUUGCCUUCCCCUUCCUCUUCAACGGAAAUAUCUCCAACGUUCUUCUUCUUCUUCUGCUACACUUCUGGCUUCUACUCUUCUUCUUAGCGUCCGUACUCCGCCACAGCACCGGCUUCUUCUUUUUCAGUCCGGUCAAGUAAGUUUUGCGGGGAAAAAGACGACUUCGAUUGAGUUUCAGGGGAAGGAGAACCCGAAUUUGGAUGGAGGCUAGGAGGGGGAAGGAAACGAACAAAGGGAUUUUAUGGUUUUUUUGUGUAACUUCUUUUUCUGUUUUGGUUGAUCGCAAUUAGUUUGUGGGCUUGCAUAUGUUACCAUAUUUGUAUAUAUCUUUUCUUCCCUCUUGCGCCGCAUGUUAGUCUUUUUAGUUUAUUGCAAUCUUUGCCAAUACCAUCGCAUCGUCCUGUGUCUGUAUGUCUUCCGCCCUCCUAUGUUGUCGCAGAAAAGAAAUCCAGAUGAUGGAGAUGGUCCGGCGGAUGGUGACAAUCCCGAUGAUAAGCGUAGAAAAUUCCGUUUCUGGAGUGUGAUUCAGGAUGCCCCAUCAUUGCAAUCAAUGCAACAGCUAUUGGAGCCACUCAUUCGUAAAGUGGUAAGGGAGGAGGUCGAAUUGGCGCUCAGAAAGUACAUUACUAGGGUGCAAAGGAAUGAUGGAAAUGACGGUAAAGAAAUCUGUUCUUCCGGGUCGAGAUGCUUACAAUUGAAGUUCGUAACUGGUGUGUCUCUCCCGGUAUUUACCGGAGCUCGCAUUGAAGGAAGAGAUGGUUCCAACUUGACGGUGGCUUUGGUUGACACCAUAAGUGGGGAAGUUGUUGACACUGGGCCUCAAUCCUCAGCCAAAGUGGAAAUUGUAGUCCUAGAGGGUGAUUUUGAGGGUGGAGGUGAUAAUUAUACUGUGGAGGAGUUUAAGAAUAACAUUGUAAGAGAGAGGGAGGGAAAGAAACCACUUCUUACAGGAGAUACAUUUGUGAGUCUCAAAGAUGGCAUUGGUAUGGUAGGUGAGAUUUCUUUCACUGACAAUUCAAGCUGGACUCGAUGCCGUCGGUUUAGGCUGGGUGCAAGAAUUAUAGACGAUAAUGUCGGAACAAGAGUACUGGAAGCAAAGACUGCAUCGUUUGUGGUCAGGGAUCACCGCGGAGAAUUGUACAAGAAGCACCACCCUCCAUCUCUGGGGGAUGAAGUAUGGAGAUUGCAGAAAAUUAGCAAGGAUGGAGUCUAUCAUAAGCGCCUUAGCCAAGAAAAAAUCGAGACGGUGCAAGAUUUCCUAACUCUGCUUUAUGUACAACCUUCAAGGCUUCGUAAUAUUUUUGGCCCCGGUAUGUCUACUAAAAUGUGGGAAGCUACAAUUGAGCAUGCACAGACAUGUGUGCUCGAUAAGAAGAUUUACGUAUACAAGCCUCGUGAUUUGGAACAGAAAAGCGGAGUGGUAUUUAAUGUUGUAGGGCAAGUGAUGGGGCUACUUUCAGAUUACCAGUACGUUCCCAAAGAUAAGCUAUCUGAAGUUGAAAAGGCUGAUGCUCACAACCUGGUUAUCUCCGCAUACGAACACUGGGAAAAAGUCGACUCUAUUGACGAUGAAAAUUCUCUUGUAGGUGGCUCUUCUCACCCACUCAGUUUCCUUUACACCCCGAGCUCACCAAUGGAGGAUCAUUCUUAUGGUAGCAAGUACUUAGCUUCUCCAAAAUUUAGUGGCUUUGAUUUUACACCAUCAAAUGCAUACACUUCUGAAAUAAUUUCAUCGAUGGGUUCUAUUGGGAAUUCGAGUGGCUUGGACGAUCAUGCUUUGCAGGGUUUUGAUUCUAUGGUUGUAAGAUAUGAUCAGAUGCCAAGUUCCCCAAACUUUGCCAACUCUUCUCUGAUCUGUGAUUCUGAGCCACUAAACUCAUCUUUCUUUGAUGUGGAUCAUCUGCAAGUUCUAGAGUCUGAUUUCCAAUGUAGCUCAAUUUUCGAAUCACGUUCUACUCUUCAAGGUGGCUCCUCAUCAUGUGGUGCUCAAAUGAGAUGGACUAAAGUAUAUGGUGUGCUAAAGUGGUACUUUUUGUUGAGAUUUGUAAUUAGGCGAAACAAAAGCGUAUCCGAGAGAAACAAAGGUGCUGUACAGGGUCGUGGAAAGGAAAAAUUGGACUUUGGUUGAGACAGGAAAACACACAAGUUCGAGCGUAAAAAGACUACUAGCAGCACUUCCAAUAGACUUAUUGGAGAGUCCCAUUGGCGUGCAUCCAGUAGAAAGUCGGGGUUAAAAUGUGUGCGUUUAUAAAAUAGAUGCAAGGGGGUUGUUCUUGUGCAGUUUUUCCCAAGUGUCUUGGCUGUGCCAUGUCUCUGACCCACAAGAAUUUCCUCUCUGGUCAAGUUUGUGUGGCAAUUUUGGAGACUAUCCAGAAGGUACCUGGUCUGGGUUGAUGUUUGAUCAGAAUGGGCACAAUACUUAUGUAUGCUUCUUUACGCUACUGUUUAUACAUUUCUGUACAAAACAAACUCUCUUUCUGCCUCUUUUUUAGGAAAUGGGAGGGUUUUAUUCCUAAGAAUUUGGUGUCCUGAGGACAUUUUCUUUUUCCUGUAAAUGAGCAAAUGCAUACUCUUUCAAUAAGAACAGAUAUUAAACUCAAA